UUGCGGCCGCCGGUGCCGCCGCCCAUCACGAUGAUGAUGUCGUCGGGCUCACGGGAGCAGCGGCGGAGUAUCUGGUCAUCACCCUCGCGCUCGGGGCCCUGGGCCACACCCAAACGGAUCAGCUCAGCCUGCGGUCGGGCCGCGUGUUCCAUCAGGUACUCUUGGAUGCCCCGCCGGGUCCAUCCGUCGUUGCCCAGUGUGAUGGCGUGCUCGGGGCCAAACACCAGGGCCCACUGCGCCGGGAAGCGCCAAGCCAGGCUCGCGCUCUUCAGCGUGUCAGCGACAGAGGCCAGGAUCACCUCGCCAGUCUGCCCGUAGGCGUUGUUCACGGUUAUGGGAUUGUAAGCCACAGCAAUGGUGACGGUGCUGUCUCCGGCCUGGAAGCCUCUGACUGAAACCUGCAGUCGGCAUGCCCACGGUGAGUCCUCUUCGUUCUCGGCGAAUGUCAGAGUGUACUUGCUGGGGUUCCCCAGAGUUCCACGGUCCAGAAUGCCGGGACGCGCCUCAAAGCCGUUCAUGAAGCAGAGCCGCACCGCCCGUCCGAUGCAGGCAUUGUGCCGUUGCCGUGGUCCGAUAUUGAUGCCAUCCGUGAGUUC